AUGUUGUUCCUUCCUACGGUAAGCUCGGUUCCUACAGUCGCCAGGUACUGCACUUCCUCGAGCACUCCGGUUUCUCGAUUCCUCUCUUCUUCUCCUUCCCUUAGUCUCCGUUCCUUGAACAUUUUACUGCCAACGUUAUCCCUAGCCGCUAGAAAUGAGUCCCGCGGGUUUUCGUCUAACCACGCCUCCACCAUAUGUCACUACUCUUCUUCUGUGUCAGAACAAGAAAACACGAGCCCUUUACGUUUUGAUGCGGCCAUAGAGUCACUGGUCCAGAUCUUCCACUUCUCUAAGCCAAAACAUCCUCUUCAACCCUGGGACAAGAGUGAAGACUGGGAAAAAAGAGAGAUCGACCAUGGAUUUGCAAUCUCCGGAAGGAGGAUUCUUGUGGACUCUCGUACCGUGUAUGAUCAUACAUCCUUGCGAGUGAGAAAGUUUGGCUCAGACACUUCCUACAAAGCAAAAGUUGAAGCGGUUGUGCAUGAAUAUGGUUUGGCUACCUUAGUUGUUGAUAGCGAAGAGUUUUGGGAGCAUACGCAUGCUUUGGAGUUCGGUGACGACAUACCCUCUGUAGGCGAAACUGUCUUCGUUUUCAAUUAUGUUGGUGACACCAUUAAGCUUGCACAAGAGACCGUAACUUCAGUUGAACCUAGAGAAUAUUUCGACGGCACCAACAAACUGUUGGCGAUAGAAAUCAAUAAUGGCAGUUUCUACGGUUGCUCCCAUAGUGGUCUGGUGGUUAUGGGAAACAAGAUCGUUGGUUUAUAUCCUGGGGUGCAUAGUUACAUAAUCCCAACUCCAGUGAUUAAGCGUUUUCUAAAUGGUCUUGAGGAUGUUCAACACAUUGAUGGCUUGGGUUCGCUGGAUAUAUGGCACCAAACCAUGGAGGAUGCUCAACUACGUAGACAUUUUAAAAUGAGUCGUGACAUGACAGGUGUUCUUAUAACCAAAAUAGAUCCACUGUCGAAUGCUCUCAAGGUUCUGAAAGAACACGAUGUCUUACUUGCAAUUGAAGGCUUACCUGUGAGUAAUGAUGGACAAGUUCAUUUUCGGGGAAAAGAAUGGCUCCAUUUUACUGACAUGGUUUCUAAGAAGAAACCUGGUGAAACAGCUUUUGUUAAAAUCCUAAGAGAUGGAAAAGAGCAUGUGUUUGAUGUCAGUUUAAACUUCACCGUGUUGUCGGAUGACAUCAACAAGGAAUAUUCUCAUUUCAAAGAUUACGAGGUGAAGAAAGUGAACGGAGUGGAAGUGGUGAAUUUGAAGCAUCUAAGUGAGCUCGUAGAAAAAUGUUGCACCGAGGAUUUGAGGUUUGACUUAGAAGAGGGACAUGUUAUUGUUUUGAACAACUUAUCUGCUAAGGAAGCAACUCCGUUGAUCUUGGAACGUCACGGAAUACCAUCAGCCAUCUCCAUUGACCUCCAGUAA